UAAGGAAGUGACCACGCACCUCCACACCAAAUGUGGAAAAUUUCAGUCAACCCUCUUGAGUCUUUGGUUUUUGGAUUAUGCUUUUUCCACAUCACAUUAUUCUCAUCAAUCGUCUCCUCCGGAGCUGAAUGCCAACUGUUGUCAAUGCUUUGCUUAUUGUCCCACCAGCAACAAUUACAACACGGCAUACUCUUGCUCCUUCCUUCCACAACCUCCAAGUUUAUUACUCAAACACUCUGAGCUUUCUGUGUGUUUCGAAUUGCCAUUUUUCAGGUCACUCGUUCACAUCGCAUGGCUUCUCCUUGUGGGGUUAUCGGCACCCUUUUUCUUCUUCUUGCUCUACAGAAUUCUGGGUUUCUUCUCUCUUUGGCUUCCAAAAAUGUUUACAUUGUGUAUAUGGGAGAAAGACAGCAUGGAGAGCCUGAGCUGGUUUCUGAGUCUCACCAUCAGACUCUGUCAUCUGUAUUUGGAAGCAAAGAAGCCGCAAAGGAAUCAAUUCUGUACAACUACAAGCAUGGAUUUUCAGGGUUCGCUGCUGUCCUAACUCCAUGUCAAGCAAAGCUUAUUGCAGAUUCCCCUGGCGUUGUUCAUGUCAAUCCAAACAGAAUUCUUAAUUUGCAUACGACUAGAAGUUGGAAUUUUCUGGAAGUAAACUCUCAUAUUAGAAAUGGAAUUCUUUCAAAGAGUCAAUCGGGCAUUGGGUCUAUUAUUGGAAUCAUGGACAGUGGAAUUUGGCCUGAGUCCGAAAGCUUCAGAGAUGAGGGUAUGGGAGAUGCCCCAUCCCGAUUCAGAGGGAUAUGUCAAGAAGGAGAAAAGUUCAAUCGCUCCCAUUGUAACCGGAAAAUAAUUGGUGCACGGUGGUAUAGUAAAGGAUAUGAAGCUGAAUUCGGAAAUCUAAGUACAAGUGAUGAGUUUGAAUAUCUAUCUCCCCGAGAUGCUGGAGGACAUGGUACUCAUACAUCAUCCACCGCAGCUGGUGAUUCAAUACAAAAUGCAAGCUAUAAGGGAUUAGCUGCAGGAUUGGCAAGAGGGGGUGCUCCAUUAGCUCGGUUAGCUGUCUAUAAGGUUUGUUGGGCUGUUGGCUGCAGCUCAGCAGACCUGCUUGCCGCAUUUGAUGAUGCAAUCUAUGAUGGUGUAGAUGUGUUGUCGGUAUCUCUUGGUUCUCCACCUCCACUUUCUUCUUAUGUUGAGGAUGCUAUGGCCAUUGGCUCUUUCCAUGCUGUUGCCAAAGGAAUCUCUGUUGUAUGCUCUGCUGGAAAUUCUGGUCCAUACCCUCAAACUGUCAUAAAUUCCGCUCCCUGGAUUUUUACUGUUGCAGCCAGCACUAUUGAUAGGGCUUUCCCUACCGUGAUUACCCUGGGAAACAAUCAAACUGUUGUGGGUCAGGCUUUGUAUACAGGGAUGGAUAGAAACAAGUAUUACCCUCUUGUUUAUGGAGGAGACAUUGCAUCUAUUGAUUCGGAUAAAGACACUGCCGGGAGCUGUGAUCCGGGAACUCUAAAUGAAACUUUGGCAAGUGGAAAGGUCAUUCUUUGCUUCCAAUCUCGAUCACAGAGGUCAUCUAUUCCUGCAACGACAACUGUGACGAGUGCUAGGGGCGCUGGUCUCAUUUUUGCUCAGUUUCCUAGCAAGGAUGUUUCUUUGUCUUCGGGUAGUCCACCUUGUGUUCAAGUUGACUUUGCAAUUGGCACAAAUCUGCUAACAUACAUUGGAACAACCAGAAAUCCCGUAGUCAAGUUCAAUCCUUCAAAAACACUAGUGGGACAACAGAUAUCCCCAGAAGUGGCAUUUUUCUCUUCCCGAGGACCCAAUUCUCUCUCUCCUUCCAUACUUAAGCCAGACAUUGCUGCUCCUGGUGUUAAUAUAUUAGCCUCCUGGUCUCCUGCUCAGUCCCAAAAUCAAGCAAAUCCAGAUAUUUUCAAAAUUGAAUCAGGAACUUCCAUGGCUUGUCCCCAUAUAUCCGGUAUUGUUGCUCUUCUUAAAUCUAUCCAUCCAACGUGGAGUCCUGCUGCGAUAAAGUCUUCCCUGGUUACCACAGCUUCUCUAGAAGAUGAAUAUGGUCAAAGUAUUGUGGCCGAGGGAGCUCCUCACAAGCAGGCCAAUCCAUUUGACUAUGGUGGUGGUCAUGUUGAUCCUAACAAAGCCAUAGCUCCUGGUCUCAUAUAUGACAUAGAAUCAUCAGAUUAUAUCCGUUUCCUGUGCUCCAUGGGUUAUAACAACACAGCCAUCAGUUUAGUGGCUGGGGCUAAGAUCACAUGCCGUAAAUCAACCAACUUCAUUAAUAACCUUAAUCUUCCUUCUAUCACCAUUCAUGAGCUUAAGCAGAGCACGACAGUAUCAAGAACGGUCACAAAUGUAGGUCCAGUUAAUUCUACCUACAAUGCUCGUGUUAUAACGCCUGCAGGUGUGUCUGUGAGAGUUAAGCCAUCAAUUUUGUCAUUCAACUCUACUGUAAAGAAGCUGGAGUUUAAGGUUACUUUUCGUUCCCUAUUAAGAAUUCAAGGAAGAUUCUCCUUUGGAAAUCUGUUUUGGGAAGAUGGUUUGCAUGUAGUUAGGAUACCACUUAUAGUUCGAAUUGUCCUUGAUGAUUUUUAUGCAGACACAUGAUGAACUGCCAUUCAUUUUGAAAACCAAAUCUGGAGUUAAUCUGAUUGUAAUUAUAAUUGUAUCCUUAUGAAUAAAUGAUUCAUGGUUCUGUAUCA